UUUUAAUCUUCCUCAACGGGGCUGGUUGCCUGGACGCUAAGGCCAGCGAGCAUCUUGAGGGGUUUGCUUUCCUUUUGUCCUGGGGACUUCUCUGCAACUAACGGCAGAGUCUGUGCUGCGUGUGUGGUACCCUUUCCUCUGCCCUCCAGCGUUUCGUGCAUCUGCUAUUGGAGUUGCUCCGAUCCGCGACGUCUGUGCGAGAGCCCCCGCCCGCCUCCUUCCUCCUCCUCCUGCCUUCCUCCCUUGUUCAUCGCCCUGUGUCUUGCGGGUGGUUUGGCCCCUGCGCCGACGCCUGGGAGCAACGCGUGCCUGCCUGGAGACUUUCUUCGCCCCCUCGGCUUGCGACGCUCCCGCCGCGGACACUGCGAUCCCCUCCCUCCGGCUGGAUUUUCCCCUUUUGACAAGGGGCAGAAGAGGAGAGAAGAGUCGCCUCCGCCUGGGGUUUCCGGCCUUACAAUCGCAUCGACCACUGCGAGUCCGUGAAGGGGAUUAUUCGCUCCUGCCGAGGGGCGGCUGUUGCCUCCUCCCCGAGCCCCGUCGGGUCCCGUUCCGCCGCGCCCGGGCGUUGCGGGCGCCGCCCGCCGGUCGGAGCGCCGCCGAAAGAGCGCGGAGCGCUGGUGACCGUCCCAAGCGCGGCUCGUCCGCCUUUCCCGGCCGCCUUCAGCCCUUCUUGGUACAACAGCAACAAAGGACGCCGCGGCUGGGGAAUGUCCCCGCGGCGGGGGCACUGAGCCGCGCCUCGCCCCGCUGCUGCCCGCGGCGGCGGAGGGAAGGCCGUCGGCGGGUGUCGCCGCUCCGGUCCCCUUGGCGCAUCGGGUGUGAAGCCGGGGCAGGGCGGGGAGUCCCGCCGCGAGAGCCGCGCUGCGAGGGAGACCCGCCGCGGCCGGAGCCAUGUUCCCCCAGAGUCGGCACCCCACCCCGCACCAGGCUGCGGGCCAGCCUUUUAAAUUCACCAUCCCGGAGUCGCUGGACCGCAUCAAGGAAGAGUUCCAGUUCCUCCAGGCGCAGUACCACAGCCUUAAAUUGGAAUGUGAGAAACUGGCAAGCGAAAAGACGGAAAUGCAGAGGCAUUAUGUGAUGUACUAUGAAAUGUCAUAUGGAUUAAACAUUGAAAUGCACAAACAGACAGAAAUCGCGAAGAGAUUGAAUACAAUUUGUGCACAAGUCAUCCCAUUUUUGUCUCAGGAACAUCAGCAACAAGUGGCCCAAGCUGUAGAACGUGCCAAACAAGUGACCAUGGCUGAAUUGAAUGCCAUCAUCGGGCAGCAGCAGUUGCAGGCUCAGCAUCUCUCCCAUGGCCAUGGACCUCCAGUGCCUCUAACGCCACAUCCUUCAGGACUUCAGCCUCCAGGAAUCCCUUCCACUGGAAGCAGUGCUGGCCUUCUUGCGCUCUCCAGUGCUUUGGGUGGGCAGUCUCAUUUGGCAAUAAAAGAUGACAAGAAGCAUCACGAUGCAGACCACCACAGAGACAGAGAGCCAGGCACAAGUAAUUCUCUGUUGGUCCCUGACAGUCUACGAAGCACAGAUAAACGCAGGAAUGGCCCUGACUAUGCCAAUGACAUCAAAAAGAGAAAGGUGGAUGAUAAGGAUUCCAGCCACUAUGACAGUGAUGGGGACAAGAGUGACGAUAACUUGGUUGUAGAUGUAUCCAAUGAGGAUCCUUCUUCCCCAAGGGCAAGUCCUGCUCACUCACCACGUGAGAAUGGUAUCGAUAAAGCCCGCCUACUGAAGAAGGAUGCCUCCAGUAGUCCAGCAUCUACAGCCUCUUCAGGAAGUUCCACUUCCCUGAAAUCCAAGGAAAUGGGUCUGCAUGAAAAAGCCAGCACGCCUGUUCUGAAAUCCAGCACACCAACUCCUCGAGGUGAUGUGCCAACCCCAGGCACUAGUGCAACUCCAGGACUACGUCCAGGCCUUGGCAAACCUCCAGCAAUGGACCCUCUGGUUAACCAAGCUGCUGCAGGUUUGCGGACACCGUUGGCAGUACCAGGACCCUACCCUGCUCCGUUUGGAAUGGUACCUCAUGCUGGCAUGAAUGGAGAGUUAACCAGUCCAGGGGCAGCCUAUGCCAGUCUGCACAAUAUGUCACCCCAGAUGAGUGCUGCUGCUGCUGCAGCUGCCGUGGUUGCCUAUGGACGAUCUCCUAUGGUUGGGUUUGAUCCUCCUCCUCACAUGAGAGUACCUGGAAUUCCUCCAAAUCUAGCAGGGAUUCCUGGGGGAAAACCAGCCUACUCCUUUCAUGUUACUGCAGAUGGUCAGAUGCAGCCAGUUCCUUUCCCUCCUGAUGCCCUCAUCGGUCCAGGAAUCCCUCGCCAUGCCCGUCAGAUCAACACCCUGAACCAUGGGGAAGUUGUGUGUGCAGUUACCAUCAGCAACCCCACGAGACACGUGUACACGGGUGGGAAGGGCUGUGUCAAGGUUUGGGACAUCAGUCAGCCCGGUAACAAGAGCCCUGUCUCUCAGCUGGACUGCCUGAACAGAGAUAACUACAUCCGGUCCUGUAAAUUGCUGCCUGAUGGAUGCACCCUCAUAGUUGGUGGGGAAGCCAGCACAUUAUCCAUAUGGGACCUGGCAGCUCCAACUCCUCGUAUAAAAGCAGAGCUGACAUCCUCAGCACCUGCCUGCUAUGCUCUGGCUAUCAGCCCUGACUCCAAGGUGUGCUUUUCCUGCUGCAGUGAUGGGAACAUUGCAGUGUGGGAUCUGCACAAUCAGACACUGGUCAGGCAAUUCCAGGGCCACACAGAUGGAGCCAGCUGUAUUGACAUUUCUAAUGAUGGUACCAAGCUCUGGACAGGAGGUUUGGAUAACACUGUCAGAUCCUGGGACUUGAGGGAAGGGAGACAGCUACAACAGCAUGAUUUCACAUCACAGAUAUUUUCCCUUGGUUAUUGUCCUACUGGUGAAUGGCUAGCUGUGGGAAUGGAGAGCAGCAAUGUCGAAGUGCUACAUGUAAAUAAGCCAGACAAGUAUCAACUGCACCUUCAUGAGAGCUGUGUACUGUCACUCAAGUUUGCUUACUGUGGUAAAUGGUUUGUGAGUACUGGGAAAGAUAACCUUCUUAAUGCAUGGAGAACUCCUUAUGGGGCCAGUAUCUUCCAGUCCAAAGAAUCUUCAUCAGUGCUUAGCUGUGACAUCUCUGUGGAUGAUAAGUACAUAGUCACUGGCUCUGGAGACAAAAAAGCUACAGUCUAUGAAGUUAUCUACUGAAAAAUAUGAUGGGGAUAUUCUUUUAGAGGUUGAACUGGGCCAAAAUUGUUUGUAGAAGUAGAAAGGUUUUGAAGUUUUGAAAGGAACAAAAGUGUUGAGGUUCCAGACAUUGCCAUGAAACUACUCCAAUUUUUCAAAAUAGAAGGCAACAUCCACCAACUAAGUGUUGGCUGCGUGGACCAGACGGAACACAGAGGCAAGAUGGACAAAUGUAGCCUAGGUUUUUGACAUAAUUUUUAAAAGCCAAGUCUACUGAAGAAUGUUGGAGCCUUUUAUUUUUUUUCUUUUUGUGACCUCAUGCAAAUUUUUCUCAUUGUCUGAAUAUGGGGGAUAAAUACCUUUCUGUUCUUGCAGUUCAAGUUGCAUUCUGUCCUGGGUAGAGCAGCAGUGUCUCAGAUGAACUUGUUUCCUGGUUUUGCAUCUUGUGAUAUGUUUUUGUAGUUUUGUUGAAGGUCAAACAUUUGUAUAAAUUGUAAAUAUAUUUAGUUUACUACAGUAAAGGCUUUAGUACCAACAACCAGUCUUCCCCCUUGCCCCCUCCCUGCUUGCCCUGCUUAUUUAAAAUUAAAAACCUUUUGGGGAUAUAAGUACCUUUUUAGAAGCAAAAGCAAACACUAUGUAUAGUUUGAAAAUGGUGUCUUAUUCUUUAUAACUAUUCUUAGAUUCCUUUAUCAUACUUCAGAGUAGUUGAUUUGACAUACUAGGGUAUCAAGUCCAGUAGAUAUUGUCUUGUUCUACGGAAAACUUAAAGGCAGUUUUGUACUAAUUAUAGUGUAAAUAUAAAAAUUGAACAUUUCAUGAAGCUGUGCAGUUUAAGUUUAUUCUGAUGUCCCAUGUAUAUGUUAUUUGGCAGAUACAGUAAUAUGUGCCUCAUCAUAACUCAUUUGGUCAUUUCUCUAGAAGAGGAGGUGACUUCCCUGUCCUUUUUUCCCCCCAGCUGAACAGAAUUCAUGUGAGACUACAUUUCAACUAAGUACAUCAGAGCCUUUAUUUGUUAUAUGAGGAUGUCUGUGAUUAGAUAAGUUUCAUCCUUCAUGUUUUACAGAGAAAUGGUAGUUAAUGACCAUUUCCUUUUUAAAGUCUUGUCUAUACUUAGAUACUCAGGUAAAUUUAACUAAAUUACCAAAAGUGUGAGUUUACAGGGGAUUGCUUAAAGAUGUUAAAUGACUUGCAGGGUUGCAAGUGAAGUGAAUUCACCUAAACUAAGUUAAACUUGCUUCUUAAUUUCUUGUGAGAAUAUUGACAAAGGAAUAUUUUGAUUUUUAACUAAUCCACUCUGCAAAUUGAUAAGAAUUAAUUUUCCUGAGUGUCCCAUGUUAUGCAGGCCUGUAGACUAUGUAUUCAUGCUGAGCAAUCUUUGAGUCCUUUCCAUUGUUGCAUCACUGUGUGACAUCUGUGAAGAGCCAUGAUAAGCAGCCAGUUACCAAAGCUAUGCAUCUUCAAGUAUUCUUGGUGUACUCAAGAGCAAAGUAUGAGGAGAGAAUGUGUUCACUUUAUUUAAUUUUUAUUUUUUCAGUCUAAUGUGUUCUACCACUGUGUGCUAGACAACAAACUUUGCUGUUGCACUGGUGAGAGCCAUACAUUUCCUACAUUCUGUAAUUUGGUUAUAAUUUCUGUUGCUAAUGGAGAGUACAGAUGAACAGAAGGAUAUCUUUGAACAAUUUAGAUUACACAAACUGAAAGAAGACGGGCUGCUUUAUAAUUUUGCUAGCAUUUGAUGAUGGCCUAUGUCCCUGCUCUUUCAAAGACAUGUAGCUAGGAAGAAACAAGCUUGACUGGCAGAUGCGUUGAUUGGAUAAGGAAUUUUUCAUCUGGGGGCAAAUUUUACCUAAGUUUCUAGUCUGAAGAGACACAUGUUUUCUUUUCAAUUUACAUGACCAUUCUACUGAAGUCAAAUUAUAUCAUCUAGAACUGUAAUAACCUUAAUGUAUUAACAUUCCAUUCAGAAUACUUACCCAUUCAGGAUAAUAUGGUCUCCUAGACAUUUAAAAUUAACAUUGUAUCCAUACAUCUUAUUGUUGAUUGCUUAGUUGUUAAUUUGUAACUGUAUGAAAAUGACAGUCUAGUUUAGAUGCUGGUCAUGUUGCUUUCAGACAUAAUGGGGCAAAAAGCAGAAUCAUCAGGCUUUCCAAAGAAUUAACUAUAUUUGCUACACUGAAAUAAUGGAAAGUGCUAUGCCAUUUUUAAAAGGGAAAGUUUUAAAACAAGAGUACUUACAAGAUUACUUGCGUUUUACACUUUUCAUAUUGAAAUUUCUCUGAACAUCUGGCUCUGGCAGUGAUCAUUGACUUUAGCAGCACUGACAAAUCUGCUUUAGGACCUUUUGGAUUUUUGCCAAACUGCUGUCACCUUGGCUUUUACUUUAUAGGUAUCCUUUUGCUGUUCUCUGAAGUCCAUAUCAGAGGAACCAAGAUUGCAAGUAAUCUUACACAUCUAUAUCAAUUUAAAAAACCCCACCAGUGUAAUUGGUCUGCUAUAUGUCGUGACAUAGGGCUUGCUAGUAAGAUCACACUUGUCAAUCAGGAGCUUCAAAAUCAUAGUUUCAGGAAAAUCGUAAAACACCUUGUUUUCUUGGCAUCUAGAAUGUACAGUAUGUCAGAGCAGUUAUGGAAUCAGAAAUUUAUGUGAAUGAAUUUAAUUAUAUUUGUACCAUGUAUUUCUUGAUUUUAAUUCUGAAAUUAAUUCGUUUUUUUCCCCCAUCAUAUUUUUAAGCCUUGUUUCUGAAAAUUAGUGGAUACAUCUGAAAGCUUCUGGAUGCAUCAUUCAUACUCGUGGUUGAGUAGUUCUCUCCAUUUGUUGUUUUAGAUUUCACUUAAUGUUUAUAAAAUUGUGAGUCUUUUCAUUUGUCAGACAGUAAACCAUAUUCUACUUGCAGAUGUAUUUUUUAAUUAAAAGAUAGAUUUGCUGAACUCCUAGCAUAUCUGUCUACACAAUUACCUAAAAGAUGUAAAACUGAUGAAGCUUAAAACUUCUGUAAGUUCUUGUAGCCCUGUGUAAAAUAGUGGGUGGAAAUAAUUGCUUAUUGAAUGAAGAAACAGACUAACCAAGAUCAUCACUAACAGAAAAGGCACUGGGAAAAACCAUAUGGGAAAGAGAGGUGCACCAGUAACUAUUGUAUAGGUAAUUUUUUUUUUUUUUUUUUUGUGGGGGAUGAACUUAAAUACAAUCUUAAAAGAUUCCUGAGAUUAGCCCCUUUUUGGGAUAGUCUUUGUGUGCUGGGUGGCCUUCAGGAUUCAGAGAUGUCUGAAUGCCACUCUGGCAAAUGCUAGUUCUGGAUAGAAGCAGGGAGUCCUUACAAAAGACAUUUGGAUGUCAGUAAAAAAAAUAAGUGUUGAAGAGGGGAUUUGUGUUAAUAUCGAUUCAACUGAACAAAAUCCUUUGUCAGCUUUAAUAUGUAUAUUUUGUAUAUGUGCACUUGUUAUAACCCUUCAUAAAUCGAUUGUGCAGAAAGUCAUGAUAUCAUUCCACAAAAUGCAUUUGUCAGUGUGUCAGACUUUCUUUUUAAUUAUAAUUCCAAGGAAUGAUAAUUCCCUAUGUUAGCCCGCAAGCCACUGGUAUCUGAAAGAGAAUUUUCAUCUACAUUAGUUCUUUGUAACUCUUUUGGCAUUUCAAAGGCUUUUGUUCCUUUAAACGAAGGAGAGAGCACUAAAUGAACAGCAUUUUUACAGACUGUUAUAACAAGUGUUAUUUUUUAAUAUAAACACCAAUGUAGCAUCUGUCAUCUAGUCUCAUACAUACUUCUAUGUAUGAAUGAUUGACCGUAAUUUUUGCGUCAUAUUUUUGCAUUGGUGAUACAAGUAGAAUUUCAGAAGCUUCUAAAUUACUCAAGUAGUGUUAACUCAGAUUGACAAACUGAUUUUUGGUUUUGAUGUUUAAUUCCUGGUAGGGUUUUUUGUUUGUUUGUAGUUCUGUGGAAUGACUGGCCCACUUAGGAGCCCAUGGGAUUAUGUAGUCUAGUUAGAAUAGUCUUUUAUAUUUUUUAUUAUAUUGGUGCAAUUUUGAGUUGAUGGGGAAAUUCCACCAUUCUGUUAAUUAAGAAAGGUGGAUUUUGAAGUUUUUGGGCUAAGGAGGAGUACAGACUUGUGAUCUCACACUACUGAUAAAGUGUUUAUCCCUUAGAUCACUUCACUAGAUAAUCUGGACUGACUCCAACUCUGCUGUCUCUUUGAAGAGACAGCAGAGUUUGGUUUUUUCCCCUACCAAAAGCACACAGAAAGAAUUUGAGAAUGUAGGUCUAUGUAAGACUUCAGCCAAUUCAUUCUGUCCUGCCAGACAGACAUGCUUCAUUACAUGAUGGGGUGGGGAAGGUGAAGGAACUGAGAGUUGAACUUGUCAAACACCAGCAUGCAGGAGAGUUCAUGGCAGGAAAUUCAUGGACAGAAUCACUUCAGUUAGAAAAGCUCCCCAAGAUCAUCUAGUCCAACCUUUGACUGAACAUUAUGUGUAAACUAAACCAGAGCAUUAUGUGCUGCUUCCAGUCAUUUCUUGAACACCUGUGGGAUGGGUGACUCUACCACCUCCCUGGGCAGAUUGCUGCAAUGCUUGACAACUUUAUCCAUGCAAAAAUUCUUCCUGAUGUCCAACCUGAACCUCCCGUGGCUCAGCUUGAAGCUGUGUCCUGUUGUCCUGUGGCUGAGAGGAGGGGCCAAGUGACACCCAAUUUGCUACAACCUCAUUUCAGGGAGUUGUAGAGUGAUGAAGUCUCCCCUGAGCCUUUUCUCCCAUCUAAACAAUCCCAGCUGCCUCACUCCUUAAAAGACUUGUGUCCCAGACUCCUCACCAGCUUCUCUGCCCUUCUCUGAACACACCUCAGUGUCCUUGUCGUGAGUGGCCUAAAGCAGAGCACAGGAUUUGAAGUGCAGCCUUUCCAGUGAAAGGGACAGGGAAAAUCCUGGCCCUAGUCCUGCCACACUAUUGCUGACACAAACCAGGACACCAUUAGCCACCUUAGACACCUAGUCACACUGCAGGACAAGGGAAAAUGAGAACAUAGAAAUACAUAGAUUUUAGGUGUAAUCUAACAUGCAAUUGCACAAUUCACCUAAAAUGAGAUUUCAGUCAAUUCACUGACUUCUGUUUCUCUAUAAAGUUGUUCAAAUGUUUCUGCAUAGUUCUUCAAGGACAUUUGAGUUGUGUGUUUGAACUGGAAGUGGACAUUUCUUUGAUAUCCAUAAACAUCUAGUCAUCUCAUCCUAAGAGGAAAGAGACUUAACUCACAGCCAGUUCUCAACAUUUACCAUUACCUUUUAUUUCUGUCACUCAAGAUCUGCUUCCAAGCACUUGAUAAUCCCAUUUUCAGCAACAUGCUCCCAAAUGUCCCACUGCAGCUUAAGUGCUUAGUGCCAUGUGGUAGAUUUUGCUAGGGAAACCAGAUAUGUAAGAACUGGGUGCAUAAAAAAUCUGCCCUAUGGGUCUAUCUUACUGACAUUUCUGAGAAAUUUACCCAGCAUUUCUGCUCAGCUAUAUAGGAGAGCUCAAACAUUCACCGAAACAUUUUCUAAAUCAGCAAAAAGUGAGUUUUGAACAUAUUUUAAGCAUAUGGGGUAGGUUUGAGCAUUUUUUUGUUUGGUUUGGUUUAUGGUUUUUCACAAUUUCAAAAUUUUCAAUUUUCUGUUGAUUUAUUUCUUUUUUAUUCUGACAUUACUUUAAAAAGUAUGAAUUGAAUACAACAAGAAAAAUGAAGGAAAAUCAGAAGAACGAAUAAUAGUCUUCAGAGGGCAGAAUGUUGUUGAAGAUGCAAAGAACCUACUGCUUCUAUGUACAUUAAUUCUUGAGAGAGCUGGAUUUCUAUUUCCUUGAGGCUAAAAAUGCUGCUCAGAAAUCUGAAUACCAAAAAAUGUCUGUUGUGGGGACAAAUGUUAGUUAUCAUUUUCAAACCUGAGCAGGGUUUUUUGUGGGGUUUGGGUUGUUUGGGUUUUUGGGUUUUUCCUCCCAUAUCUCUUCGGUCUGGGUCUCACACUUCACUCUGAGAAGCUGAACAGCAGUCCGUAUUCUUUCUGGCUCUAUGCUCCACUAUGCAUUAGUAAUAAUUUAGUUGCCUGUUAAUGAUACAUUAAAAUCUGAUUGAAUAUUUUAGUGGAUAGCUGCACAAUGAUAUUGGGCAGUGUCCGCUGUAAUGAUUUCCAUUACUACAGCAAGAACUGAGAUACAAGAUAGCUGCAUUAUUCUAUGCUCAUACUUCUACUGUUUAUGGAAUUCCCUGUUUGGCUUAGUUGACUCUUCCUGGAAAAAAUUCUGUGGUGGCUUCUGAGGUAAAACAUAAAAUGAUGAGAUUUUUUCCUGUCCUAUAAUUUCACAUGUGAUUUUGCCCAUAUUUUGUAAGGUUAUGUUGAUUCAUAGAAGAGAUGCUGCGAGGAACUCAACAAUUCGAUUGUGUACACCUUGGCAAGGAUUGCCUUUGCUAUGUUCACAGCACAAAGGUAUCUCUCAAACCCUGUUUCAAAACCCUGUUUUCUGCCAGGUAUGAGUAUGAGGUGAAGAUAACACAUAGUCUGGAGACUAAGUAAUCAAACUUACUGUUAUCAUUAUCCCUUUUGUAUACUCUGUCAUUAACAUAGAAAAUGGAGAUGAUAGCCUGUAACUGCAAACAAUAAAUGCUGUUUUUCCUUUGAGCACUGAUUUUAAUGGCAAUUUAAAGAAGUUAACAAGCAGAAUGAAGGGGUCAUAAAUGAAAGUUAACCCACAGCAGCUGGAAACUGAGAAAUCCUUGUUACUUUCCUGGUAGUGAGCCUAAUUUGUUUAAAAUAAAAUCCAUCUGCUCAUUUCACAGUCUUUGUCACACUUCCUUCAGCGAUCCACAGUGGAUUACCCCCUUACUUAAAAACCUGUCAGCAAUUAUGAUAAGUUAAUAACUUCUAUUUUGUGGUUUGCUGUAGCAUAAAGUUUUGCAGACCAACGAAGAUGCCCUUUAUUCUUAAAGAAUAGUCAGCUAUCGGAGUUUUUUUGCAGUUGGAUAAGAUUUUUUAAAAAUAGAAUUCAAAUAAAUAUACAGUCUGAUGGCUUUACAAAUUCAAAGUGUUUUCUAAUUGUUGAUGAAUCAGCCAAACACUGCUGUUAAGUAUGUAAAUGUUCUUAAUGUCAGUCUGUUUUUUGCUUAGCAUGCCAUGCAUGCAACAAAACUUUGCAGUGAUUCAGCUUUUGUGGCCACAUUAAAUUUACUUACUGGAAUAAGUUUCCUUUUUCAUACAGAAAUCAGUUUACUACCAUGCUCCUUUGUGUUUUCUCCUGGACAUACAUUAGAUCUCUAGAGAUAUUUUAAUAAGUUUUAUAUACAUAUUGCUUCUAAUUUUUCUGUCUUUCUGAUUGCUAAUUAUGUGAGAUGUGUAUUUCUGACAGCGGUUGAGUGAAUAUUCACAAAUAUAUUAUAUAAUUGAAUUUUUGAAUGUGUACUUCAAGAAGUUUAUAGACUUAUAUAGCUAAAUCACUGAUUUUCAUUUGUCAAAUUCAAGAUUUUCAAGUCCUGAUACUCUUGUAUUUUUACCAGUGAAUAUGUUAAAAGAAAUACUUCUGGAUUUUGAAUGCUUCUCAUAGCUUUUUUUAUUUGUUUAUGUAGAUACUUUUCUUUGUUGGGUACAAGUUAUUGACUUGGUAUUCUAUUUAUAAUUCUUCCUGGUUCUUCAGUAUUUUAUCUAGCUGUAACUUAUUAAAAACCACAACUAUGAAAUGGGGAUAUUAAUGAGAAGUGGUUUAAAUGUGAGAGUUUCAAAAUGCAUGUUAGAAUAUUUCAACACUUUGUUCAAUGUAAUUUUACAUUUUUUCAUUACUUAAGUAAUUAAAAAAAAUCCUUAGGGUUGAAUUAUAGUAAAAUUUUAUACAUCUCAGUACUAAUUUUGUCUCCCAGUGGACAGCAAUAAUUUAGAUGGGAUUGUUUUUACUCAACCUAAUUUAUUCUUGGGCAGAGGGAAAGGGGAAAAAUAAUAACCUUGGAAAUUUUGCUAAUUACGGUAAUUUCAUUACUAUUGUUAUUUGUUUUUGAUAACCUCCAUGCCUUCAGAAAUUUCUUCUUCUAUAUUUUGAAGUAAACAUACAGAUGUACAGGGUUCUGGAAUAGAAUGUGUUUACAAGUAUUUAUCCCCUGGGUUAGCUAUAACAGAAAGGGGAAGUGACAGAUACCACUUGCAAUAGUUGCUAGUGCAAUGUGCCUUUGAAUCAUUUGCUUUAGUUGUUAAUUUUUUUUUGUAAUCUUAGGUGAGGUAAGCAGCUUUAAAUCAGUUUCAUUUCUAUUGAAGUGGAUAUGAUAAUAAUACUUUCUUAGAGCUUUACUAGUCUUACUAAUUUUAAAUCUGCAAGGUAAAUGGUUGCAUGGAUGAUUUUUAACUGAUUUGACCAUUCAGGUUUACUUCUUAGGUUUCAAAACCUGCUAGAAUAGAGGGAGAAAUUACCAGUUAUAUUUGGGGUUUUUUUAUUGAUUUCAUUUUGUACUAUAUAUCAAUGUGACUUUCUUACCACAGUAAGUGUGCUCAGUUUUAAUGUUCCCAUAGUUUGUUCCAUCUGUUUCAUUUGAAUUUAGCUUUAAAAUUAAUCCCUUUCCAUAGGUGUCUGCUUUGAAUCUUAACAAGUAUGAAAAUAAUCAAAAUAUUGCUGUUUGAUAGAGACACUGUAUAUUUCUGUUUCUGAUGUGGAUAUCAUUUAGCAGGGCUUGUCUAGUUAAAAGGCAUUUAAAAUAGAAAUCACACAUGAUCUAUGUCUAACUGUCAUUUGUAGAAAAUGUGCAACAAAGUGAUAUGUGGUGGUAACAAUUCAGAAGGAAAAGAAUAUGAAAUUCAGAUAGCAGCUUGAACGAUUUACUGUUAGCAUGGGGCCCAAUAACACUACAAAGCUAUAAACUCUGUCUUUCUAGAUUGCCCAGUUAGGUGGCAGAGAUGCAAUUUGUCUUUUCUGAAGCCUCCUGCUGCUAGCUAGCUCCAUCUCCUGUCACAGCCUAUUAGCUCCCCAAGAAAAUUGGUGGGAAAUUGCCUGCAGAUUGUAGGAAAUUGCAUCUCCAGACCCGGGAAAAAAUGUAGGAUAGCACAACACUGAUCCUCCCAGAGCAGCUAUUAAUACAGCAAAAGCUGACCUUUGGCAUGGCGUGAAACGACUUUGCUGAAUAAAGACUGUAUUAUGUGUGGUUGAAGGAGGGAAGGAAUUAUUAUCCUAGCUAUGCUUGUAGUCAGCCUGUUCCAGGAAGCUUAAGCAUGAGCAGCAGGUUUUGCCCCCGAGCUUAUUCUCAUUGGAAGAUGGGAGAGGACAUUUUGGAGUGUUAUACAAAAGUUUCAUUGUACAGAUGGGUCAAAAAAUCCAUUAUGUAUUUAAAUUAUGUUAGUAUAUAUGAACUUCAAAGGUUGAGUGACAAAGCUGAAAGGUAAUUUAUGAAGCUAAUUGCAAAAAAAUUAGGUACCUCUGCUCAGUCAAGUCUUGAUCAGACUAGGAACAACUUUUUGGCUAUUUAAUUGUAUUUGUAUAUACGUAUUAUACUUUUGAAUUUGGAGCAGUUACAAUGAAAAGGAACUGAUUUGUUCUUUAACUGUGAACUGUGAAACGUCAUGGGAUACACACUACUUAUCACAGAUUUUAGCAUUAAACUCCUUGCUGCUAGGAAGCUCACUUCUGCCAUGUUUAAACCAAUUCCCAUGUGUUCUCUGUGGUGUGAUGUACAAUGAGUUUCAUCCUCUGUCAUUUCUACUACAGCUACCUUUCUAAUUUUGUACUUGACCUCAGUUUUAUAGGGCCUUUCAAUAAAAGACUUAACUUUUCUGUGAAUUCUGAGAGAGGGGGUAUAUAGAGUUAGGUUUUUUUCAACAUAAAAAUAAAUGCCAGUAUUUUCUAUGAGCUUGCAAUUGUACUUAGUUGAUUCAAAGCCUCCCGAGAAAGAUGUGGUUGUGAAUCAGAAUGGUGUAUUGAUCAGAAGCGAAUAUGUGGAGGGCAGCAGCAGCAGGAAAAAACUAAUUUUGCAAUCCAGGAGCAUUGCUGUUUUCAAACUCAGACGAGAUCUCUUAGUAACUGGCAGCUGCCCAGUGAUCUAAGUGAAACCAAUAGGUUCAUUUCCUGUUGUAUUAGUGUCCACUGUUGUAAAUGAGCUAGCAGGGCUUAUGAACACUCACACUGCUGAUUAGAGAAAAUUAGUGGCCUGCCUUAUGGAGCCGGGGCAGAGGCAGUAGGGCAAAAAAGGUAUUGCACAUAGUUCAAAGCGUGACUGAAGGGGAUCAGGGGAACUUCAUAUUGUGGGGCUCUCUGGACUGCUGUUUUGAAUUCUUAUGAUCAUGAAUGCACACAUAUGUCAGUCUGAAAUGCUAAUUUGUUGAGGUGUUAAUUUUCUAAAUUAGUUAUAGCACCUUUUAUGGAAGUUAUGCAGUUUAGUACUGUGUGUCUUUUCUUGUAAAACACAAAUACAGGAAUAGAAGAGCUGUGGUGCUUGAGCCUUUAUUCUGUACAAUAGCGGUUCAUCUUCCAAGGUAUUACAUAUUAAUUGCAUUCUCAAAAUAAACCUUGCCAUUCAAUAACAAA